AAAAUGUUUAAUCAUCCAAAUCAUGGAUCAAUGACAUCACAGUUAGCGCAAAUUCAGAGAACGAUGGCGUAUCGUCUUCAAGGGCCGAACAAUUUUUUGGGAAAUGUGAAUACGCCGCCAGAGAUUAAUGACAGAGGAUUUACGGUGGGUUGGACCCGUGGUUUUGGAACCUCCAAUUUAAUGGGACGCUCCGAAUUUAACAAUUAUGGCUCUCGUUCAUCUUUACCCUAUACACAGACAGAAAUGAAUCAAACGUCUGGUAGCGAAUUUAUUGGCAAUUCUAGCAUUCGUAUGCCUAUUUUUAAAUGCCCAGAAUGUAGUAUUGUCAAAAAUACGAGUGAAGACUUUGAGAUUCAUGUGAAGGUUGAACAUUUGAAUUGGUUACCAUUCAUUUGUCCGAUGUGCAAAGCGGCUCGUGCUUCGGAUAUUCAAAUGCGUGAACACAUGCAUUCAUCUCACAAGAAGAACGAUAACAUGUACUGGUAUCAAGACAAUGCACAAGCCAAAAAAAUUCUUCAAGAGAUGAUGGACAAAGCUCUUUUCGCUGCUUCUAUUCAGCAUAAGCAAAGCAACAUUCCUAAACUAGGAAGAAUUAUUGGAGACUCAAAUGGAAAUUUACAAAGUGUCGCUCAUACUGACAAUGAGUCAGCUAAAAGGAUCCGACUAGAUGAUGUCGUCACCUCUAGUAUUAGAAGAAAUAUUGAAGAAAGUCUACAAUCCAAAAAUCAAAAUGUUAACGAAAAUACUUCGACAAGUGGUAUCAAAUUAGCUGGACAAGAACGUAAACCUAGUAUAGACGAAGAGACGGACUCUCAGUUGAGCACGAUUUUUGGACGAAAUGUCAAGUCCGAAUUCGACAUGACAGUAAUGGAAGAGGAUUCGCCUUCACAACAAUCUUUACAAACGAUUAAUGAAGACGAUGAAUUACAUGAUAAUACUCAUCAAAUGAAUGCUCUUCAGAAUAUGGCUGCAAUGUUUUCGGCUAGCGGUGGAUCAGUUUGUCAUAAAGUGCAGCCAAAGAGUAUUUUAGACUCGCGCUCAUCAAGGCCCUUUCCAUAUAAGCGAGUAGUGCGCAAUCGACCUGGCCCUAUGACCUCAAAGAAGCGGGUUUUGGGUGUUUGCGCUCGCUGUAACAAGCCUAUAACUGCUGGGGCAAGACAAAUGCACAUGUUUUUCCAUCUGGGUAAAGAUAUGCAAACUUUUCGCUUUCGAUGUAAACAUUCUGGCUGCGAUGUGGAACAUUAUAGGAAAGAUCAAAUGGAAAAUCAUCAAUCGAAGGUACAUGGACAGGUUGAUCCAAAUAUGAUGGAUGAUAGAAGUCAGGAUCUUUAUGACCUUGUUCAGAAGAUGUCUAUGGAGUUGCUUGGUACUAUGGGAAAUACGCCUGGACCAACAGCAGCUAAAGCUCAACUUAUGUAUGAGCAACAAAUGCGUGAUGUGGCUGCCAAUUUAGGCAGUCGUAAACGACCGCCUAUUCAGAUGCUUACUCAACAUCAACAAAUCCAUACAAAUAUGAACGGAAUGUUUGAUUCGGCAAACCGAAAAAUGGAAGACUUGGAGUGCCGUCUAUGCCAUAAGACGAUUAUGAGUAGAAUUCGCGGUUUUCAUAUUCUUUGGCAUUUAAAUAAUGAUUUGGGAAUUGUUCGCUAUGGCUGCAAGCACUGUGAUUUUAAACAUGACCGCCCUCAAUCUGUUGUAGGGCACGGCGCACGAGAACACGCUGAUGAAUAUUGUUGCGAGGAUUUGCUUUAUAAUUUUGAGGAUGAACUUAAAUCCAUGUCGAAGGCAUGUUUUGGCGUCGAACGUCUUUUCGAAAAGGAAAUUCGGCGAAGGACCAGGAUGGAACUUUAUGGAAAUGUGAUAGAUGAUGACCUCAGGAAUGAAGAUGAACUUGAAGAUGAUGAUUCACGAGGAAGCUGCGAUUCAAAGCUCCUUAACCAGACUCCCCUUGCAAAACUAGAUGUGCAAUUAAAGGCAGAAAGUUCAGAUCGUUCAUGGUCUUCUUCUAAGGAGCAGAUGCGAAAAAAACGAAGUUUUCGUCGUUUUGGUACUAGGGUUCGUUCGCGAAGGCAAAGAGAAGAUAUGAUCAAACUGCGUGAAGUUAGUAUGCGUCUUGGCGGGGCUCAAUACUUUAAAAAGAAGUCAAAUGAAGCGGUUCUUUGCGAGAAGUGCGGGAAGAUGAUUUCAAAUCGUCUUUCUGAUCAUGCUUAUUCUCAUUUGGAUGGAUGUGAUCUUUUUCGUUGCCAACAAUGCAAUUUGACGAUUGUCCGUCACCUGCGAGAUUUUCACAAUUCCAGUGACGAGCCUCCUCUCGAUAAUCGUUUACGAUUUGCACAAGAAAUCAAGGAUGCUAUACGGGAAUGUUACCCGCAUCUCUUUGUUGAUGCUCCAAUUCCAACAAAAGAGGAUAUUGAAAAAAUGAAGGCAAAUCUUAAACUAGAAAAAAUGGUCUUAAUCUCUGAGGGUGAAGAUGAUGGAAAUGAAGAUAAAGCCGAAGAGGACGGCGAUGUGGAUGAAGAAGAUGAGCAGGAGGAUGAAGAUGAAGAAGAUCAAAAAAAGGAAGACGAAGAAGAAGCUCAUGUGGAAACAGAUAGUGCUAAAGAGUUGGAUACUCAUGAAGAGGAACGAGAUGAAGAUAAUGAGCACAAUGCUGAAGAAGAGGAGGAGGAAGAAUUGUCUCGAGAUGGGGAUGAAAGAGAGGGCAGUGAGGAAGUGGAGCAAGAAGAUGAUAUUAAAGAAGAGGAUGGUGAAGAUGAGAUUGAAGUUAGAUCUGAACUAGGGGACACGUAUGAUAAUGAAGAAAAACACGAAAUAUUGACUCAAAGUAAUGACGAGGAGAGAGUACAAGAAAGAAAUGGUCAACAAAAGCGUUCAAGGCGUGGUCGACCUCCAAAAGAUAGUAAGGAAGUAAAAGCCUGUAAUAGUUAAUAAUUUUCUAUUUUACAUAUUCGUAGUUAUGGUUUUAUAUAUCCUUUCUCAAUUUUGUACUUUUUUUGGUAAACUAAUUACAUGCAAGCACUUCUUAUUUUGUGACUCGUGCAGUUCUAUCCGAGUCGCAGCUCGAAUUAGAAAAAAUUUGGGCCAUCGGGAAACAAUAUGUAGAUGAAAUUUUGAGUUUUAUUUCAUAAUGUUUAAUGUUUUUUCUUGUUUGCUUGCUAUAUGUAUGUAAAGGGAACAAGGAGAAUGGUGACUAAUUAUUUAUAAGAGGAAAAUAAACUUCUAAGGGGAAAGAAGGAUGGCGGUAUACUGCCAGUCACUCAAUACACAAUUUUUCCAGUUUGUUCUAUUUCUUUCCGACUAUCCCGAUUUUACAGCAGUCCAUUAUGCUCGCUAGCGAAGGACAAUGCAUUUAACACAUUUAUGCAUGCAUCUGCACCCUUUUACGCGUUUAUUGAAAACGAAAUAUAUAAAACUUGCGCAACGAUAAAAAUUACGACAAUAAAGAAUCUGUAUUU